AAUUGAUAACAUUAUAGACUGGAUUGGUCCCUGAGUUCAAAGACUUGCAAUUGAGUGAAAGACAGACAUCAAAAUCUUGAAGAAUUACACUGAGGUGCAAGCCAAAGUUCACCCUCUGCAAAUAAUGUUUGUUCAACUGAGAAGUUGCUAAACCAAACCUGUAAUAGGACUGUUUAUUUGGGCGUCUUUCUGUCAUUUUUGUCUCUUGGUGUUGCAUUGCUCUCUGUAUUGUCUUGCUAAGGCCAGAUGUUCUCAGACAAUUCACAUUGUCCUGAUUGUGGACAACAGUGGUUUCCUAGUUUAGAACUAGGCCACUGGUUGUACCAAACUGAACUUGUUGAAAAUGAAUGUUACCAAGUCUUUUUAGACCGUAUUAAUAGAGCUGAUUAUUGCCCUGAAUGUUAUCCUGAUAAUCCUGCUAAUAGAAGUCUUGUUCUUCCUUGGUCUUUUCCACUUGAGUGGGCUCCCCAAAAUCUCACCAGGUGGACCUUUGAAAAAGCUUGCCAUCCUUUUCUUCUGGGUCCUCCACUGCUUAGAAAAAGGAUACAUGACUCCAGAGUAGCUGGCUUUAACCCUGCAUUGCAGUUAAUCUUGACCAGAACAGAUAAAACCUUAAACAAAAAACUUGGCCAAAACAAAUAACUUCUAUAAUGGUCAAAAUCAUGGAGAUUCUAGGGAGUUUUGUGCUAGAAGCCUAAGGAAGAUGGAGAAAUAAUUUAAUUUCUCUUUUUUUUCUUCUCUUUUCUUGUUUGUGGUGCUAGGGAUCAAACCUGGGGACCCAUGCUUGCUACCACCGAGCUAUGUCCCCAGCCUUUGUUUCUAAAUCUGAUCCAGAUGGUCACUGUUUCUGGGAACAUCUUAAAUUGUUGAGUCUGCUUCUGUGGCUACACUAACUUUGUUUAGCAUGAAUUUAGUCAGUAUUCUGGAGAGACUGUUCAUCUAGAACCAGACUAAUCCAUAAUCCCUAUAAGUAAGUGAUGUUUUAGAAGUAAUUUUAGAACUAGCUAAUCUCCUCAGAAGUUCCAGGGCUUAAUUACUGACAUAUAACAAGAUAGUCCUAAAGGGAAGGCCUCAUACUGUGUACCCCAUAAUUGUAUUUCUAAUAAUAACUUCAUUUUUGUUUGUUUGGCUUGUUUGUUUUUUUGUUUUUUGAGACAGCAGGGUCUCAU